AUGGAAGAAGAAAAUUUGUUCGAAAUCUACAUCUUUAUGAUUUUAAUCCCACUGGUGUACGUGGUGUGUUUUAUUUAUCGCUAUUUAUAUCAUUAUAGAGAUGGGAAAACCAGGUCUAGGUAUCUUUCUAAGUCACUAUUAGUGAAAUCGAUCUGUACAGUUCUUAUGAUUUUCUUCAGCAUAAUCCACACUGCAGAAGCGUGCUUUUCUGAAGCUCAUGGAGAUGAGGUUAGAUUCGUAAGAGUCGCCUUUUUUGGGCUCUUGACUUCAUCAUGGAUGCUUAGUCUUUACCUGCUCAUCUUUGAAUAUCAAAGAUGGAUAGCUUCAACAUGCAUUGGGAACAAAUGGUUUUGAAUUAUUAAUCUCUUUGCUCAGGGAGUUGUUUCAGUACUUUAUUUGACUUGCGAUAAAGACAGAGAUCCACUGUGGGAUUUAAUAAACAUCUGCGCUUUGAUUUUAGGCAUCAUUACUUGCUCAAUAUUAUCAGCUUUUGCAACAUUUAUCCCAGAGCGAAGCGUGAAUAUAAGUACAGAACCAUUUCUGUACUUAUCAGAUAACUCUUUUAAAAGAGCUUUAACUUCCCAUUUAAAAAACAUGACGUGCUCAUAUUAAUAGAAUUAAACUAGAUAUAUUAAAACGUUUAUAUUCGCAAAAUUUUAGUAUAUCAUCGAGCGUCACGUGACCCAAACGACUUCAUUCAACACAAAGCAGUUUGUAAAAUUUAAUGUAUAAAUAAAUUUUGUUUUUAAAAGCACUUUUUAAAGUCUCUCAGUUUUGCUCUUUGUUGAUAAGGAGUAAGCAAACAUAAAAAUUCGCAUGUCGACAACUCCGUAGAUCCAAAAAUUAAAACUUUUAUUAAAUCAUGCAAAACUAAAACCGAAGGGAAUAUACAGGUCAUCUACUUCAGGAUUCUCGUAAUGGCUGAAGGAAAGUCUCAUAAUGUCUUAAGAACACCGUCUAAUUUUGAAAGGCUUCAUAGGACUCUUAAGCUUAAAUUUCCAGCAGAAGAUUUCCCUUCAAUGGAGUUGCCAACUUUUCCCACGUUUACAGCUUCUCCUCCGUCACUUGAUUUAAGAAUGAAAGCAUAUAAUAAAUAUCUUGAUGAGCUUUGCAAGCCAGAGUUCAUGGUAGAAGCGUUGAUGGAUUUUCUUGAAAUCUAUGGAGAAAUAAGGAAUAGAUUUCUAGAAAGCUAUAAAUUGGUAUCUUAG